AUGGCGGAGGCUGAGGAAGUCAAAGACUCCCUUGUUGACGAGAAGGAGGGCGACAAGGCAGUGGCGCCGAAAGCCAAGGUAGCCAAAGCCAAGGCAAAGGCCAAAGGAAAGGCCAAGGCGAAAGCCAAGGCCAAGGUGCCCCCGAUCGGUGCACGGUGCAUGGAAUGA